AUGGCCUCAGAGGCAGCCUCUCCCCAACGGGAGGCUACGCCAUCGGUCUUCCCCUCCUCUCUCCCCCAGAAGCGCUCCCUCGAAGAUGACCACAGCCCGGCCGUAUCGUCACCGUUGAAUCCAGAACCGAAAGCUCAGAAAGCCCAGGUGCAGAUUGACGACAGCCAAGUCAUGGCGCGCGAAAAACGAACGAAGAAAGAGUCUCUCAAGAAGAGGGAAUCCAAAGGCGCCCCCGAGAGUGCUAGAGCGACACCUGAUCCGAAGCUGCGAGAAGCUCCCGGCGAGUUGGCGCCCAACCGAUACAAGCUCGCCCACCCCAAACCGACCGAUUUCGAGCUAUCCAAGGGUCCCGUGUUUCAGAGUCACCAUGAAGUACAGGACUCCGAGGGGAGGACAAUCGAGUUCGUGGAGACGAUGGAUCACGUUUACAACAAGAAAAACUUCCACUACACCCACUGCAUCGCCGACCCCGCCUUCCCCUCCAUGUUCUACUACAGAAAUACCGAACCGCCGCCUUUCGGCGCCCACAUAGCCUUCGAGGAUGCCGCAUCACACAUGUUUUUCACACGAGAUGGAAUGCAUGUCACCUCAGACAAAGGUUUCCGUAUGACGCGCGCGAACGUCGCCGUCCGGGAAGGACGAUGGUACUGGGAGUGCAAGGUUACCCGGGGCAUCUUGAAGGAGCGAAAGGAGGGCGACCCGAUAUCACACGGCCAUGUUCGGGUGGGGUUUGCGAGGAGGGAAGCAUCGCUGGAUGCGCCGGUCGGGUUCGAUGCAUACAGCUACGGCAUUAGGGAUGCGGCGGGGCAGAAAGUACACAUGUCACGACCAAAGGACUUCUUUCCGGCGGGUGAGGACAUCAAGGAAGGGGACGUGAUCGGGAUGGAGAUCCAACUACCGUCGGAGCGCCUGCAGCGAAAAAUCGUCCAAGGCCAAUACAACCCGGCCAUCGACCUUGCGGAUGAGGAGUCUGAGCAUGCCCCGGAAGCGCCAAACAUCAUCCGCGACCGCAUCCCGAUUCGGUUCAAAGCACACAUUUACUUCGAGAAGAUCGACUACCACACGACUAAGGAGCUUGAGGAUUUGAUGAACCCAUCCCCAAUGGGACCAGGGCACAGCCACCAGGGACCGAACCCGAACCACCCGGUCCCGGCACUGCGCACGCUCCCAAAUUCGUGCGUCAAAGUUUACAAGAAUGGCGUGUUUAUGGGAACGCCAUGGACGGAUCUGCUGGCGUUUCUUCCGCCGGCUUCGAGACAGGCGCAGCAGACGGGCGGGCGAGAGGCGCUCGAUGACGGGACAUUGGGCUACUAUCCGGCCGUGAGCGUCUUUCGGGGCGGUGCGGUUGAGACGAACUUCGGGCCUGACUUCUGGUACCCGCCGCCGCCCGAGGACACAGAGAUGGGGGAUGUUGAUGGGCCGUUGCCAAAGAAAAUCGAGAAGAUACGAGCGGUCAGUGAGCGCUACGAUGACCAGAUCGUCGAAGAUAUUGUUUACGACAUCGUAGACGAAGUCGGGUUCUGGAUGCAAGACGGCCAGAAGGUCAUUGACCGAUCGGUCCGGGACGAAAAGGCCGAGGCAGUGGCGCCAGGGAGGGACGAGAUUAAAGAGCUAGUCCAGGACGACUAA